GGCAUAAAACCCCCCGUGAGCUUUAGAUUUCUUAUUUUUCGUUUGCUCUUUUCUAAGAAAGUAAGUUGUGGUAACUAAAAUGUCUGGUCGCGGCAAGCAAGGAGGCAAGGCAAGAGCGAAGGCCAAGUCCCGCUCUUCUCGCGCUGGGCUGCAGUUCCCCGUCGGCCGCGUCCACCGUCUGCUCCGCAAAGGCAACUACGCCGAGCGCGUGGGGGCCGGCGCCCCAGUCUACCUGGCUGCUGUGCUCGAAUACCUGACGGCUGAGAUCCUGGAGCUGGCGGGCAACGCCGCUCGCGACAACAAGAAGACCAGGAUCAUCCCCCGCCACUUGCAGCUGGCCAUCCGCAACGACGAAGAGCUCAACAAACUCCUGGGCAAAGUCACCAUCGCUCAGGGCGGCGUCUUGCCCAACAUCCAGGCGGUCCUCUUGCCCAAAAAGACCGAAAGCCACAAAGCCAAAGGACUACUGUGACUGUAAAAGCUGCAGGAAGGCAGGCGUUCAACAGGGUGGUUCUGAAGACAUACAGGGGCAGAAGAGACCACACGUGGUACCCGGAACUCCUUGGAAGAAGAACGGGAUUAAAAAUAUAUAGAAAGUCAUACCAAUUUGUUUGCAAGGUGAAUGGUCCUAUUUCGAAGGGUAACAACAAAAUAGGGUGAUACUUGACAGCACCCAAGUGGUUCUGAAUAUUGAGAUAAAACAGCUCAAUCCCCCCCUAAACUGGAGUGGUUUUGUCCUGAGCAGAUGGAGGAGAGCUGGUCUUGCAGUAGUGGGCAUGAAUUGUCCCCUUUGCUAAGCAAAGUCUGUCAUGGUUUGUAUUUGGAUGGGUGACUAUCUAUUGUAAGAUAUUCCCCUUUGGGGAUAGGGUCAUAGUUCGGUGGUAGAACAUCUGCUUACAUGCAGAAGGUCCCAGGUUCAAUCCUGGCAUUUGCUAGGCAGGACUGGGAGAGACUCCUGUCUGAAACCAUGGAGAGCCACUGCCAGUCAAUGCAGAUCGCACUGAGCUAAAUGGA